CCCCGUAAAAAAAACCUAAAACAAAAAGACUAAUUCAUCCUUAAUUUCCUUAAUGGCGGCCAUUUCCUUCGUCUCCAACAACCACCGACUUUCCGACAACCGCCGUCACCACCACGGCCCUGUCGUGGAGGAGAUCGACCCUCUCCUUCGGGUUUUCAGCGACGGUUGCGUCGAGAGGCCUCCGGUCGUCCCGACCGUCCCACCAUCCGUACUCUCAGACCCAUCUAAACUCACGGCCUCGGACAUCAAACUGACCAAUGACAUCUGGACACGUGUCUACGUACCGGCCGGACACCACACCCCUCUUCCACUUCUCGUCUACUUCCACGGCGGCGGCUUCUGCGUCGGCUCCGCCUCAUGGGGUUGCUACCACGAGUUCUUGUGCAACGUCGCCGUCAAAGUCCGGUGCGUCAUCGUAUCGGUAAAUUACCGUUUAGCCCCUGAGCACAGGUUACCGGCGGCGUACGAGGACGGCGAAACCGUCAUUGCAUGGAUAAAGCAGCAAGCUUUUGAUAAAAACCAGAAGUCUUGGUUAAGUAAAUGUGACCUAUCGAGCGUGUUCUUGGUCGGAGAUAGCGCCGGAGCGAAUAUAGCGUACCACGUCGCCGUGAGGUUAACCGCGAGUGGCAGAUCCGUAAAUCCAUUGAACUUCAAGGGCAUUGUACUAAUCCAACCCUUUUUCGGCGGGGAAUCGAGAACGGCGUCGGAGAAGGUCUCCGACAAAAAGAACUCGAACUCGGCCCUGACUAUGUCGGCGUCUGACACGUACUGGCGUCUGGCUCUACCACGUGGAGCGACGAGGGACCAUCAGUGGUGCAACCCUAACCCGGCGAGUCUGCGGGAAGCUGGGAAGUUUCCGGCGGCGAUGGUGAUGGUGUCGGAGAUGGAUGUGUUGAAAGACAGAAACUUGGAGAUGUGUAAGAUGAUGAGAGGAUGUGGUAAGAGAGUGGAAGCUGUGGUUUACGGAGGAGUUGGGCAUGCCUUUCAGAUUCUCCAUAACUCUCCCAUGGCUCACGUUCGAGUCCAAGAAAUGAUGUCUCACCUCAAGAACUUCAUCAAUCCAUGACCCGUAUACAUACAUGCAUACAUACAUAUAUAUAUAUAUAUGCUAGUGUUUUGUUAACUGUAUCUAAUGAUCAGUCCUAAGUAAUGUAGUUGCGAUAUAGAUGUGUUUAAUUAUGCAAUUAGUGUUCAAUGGAA